CACUCAAUUCUGAUACGGGUAGUUAAACCCUACCCGAAAACAAACUUGAAAUCCCCAGUGUUAACAUCCUUCAGGCGAAAAUGGCUCUGAGAUAUGCACGACUCAGACAAAUUUCAAGGCUUGUGCCACAAAUUCACUCAGGCAAUGGUUAUCAGCAUUCCAGACAAAUAAUCGGCACUUUUUCUUCCUCUAUGAAUCCACUGCCGCGAGAUUGUGAUGAAAUUGGCAAAAAUGGAGUCAGUUUCAGUAUGUCCACAAUGUCAAAAGCAUUACGUCAGAAGUCUACUCGUCAAGUUGAUAUGUUAUCUUUCAUUGAAUCCACUUUCAGUGAGCUUCAAGGCCCACAUCAUUGUUGGCUUAAUGUAGUUCAAGGAAACAAAGAAUUCUUCAACAAAGAUGGAGCUUUUUUGGUUUUUGCUGGACCAUUCCUGGAUAAUUGUGGCUCAAAAAUAGCUGGCUCAGUUAAUAAUUUCGAGCAAAUAAAGUUAAUUCAGCAGAGGUUUCCAUUGCUCCGUGUUAUGGCCUUUCUACCUGCCUGCUCAAUUAGCUCCACUACUGAUCAAACUCGUCUUUUUGAAUUGGUGAUGAAGGAAUACAUUACAUUUCCUGUUUUAUUGUCUAACAAGAACUUCCCUAAGAUGGAAAUCGGAGCCUGCUACAUCCUAUUUAAAAAUUUUAGAAAUGCUAGAGUUUACCCUGAGAAGGGCCUAGAUGUUGAAAUGCUUAUGAAAGCUGUUGAGGAGUUAAAUCUGCCACCAACUGGGAAUUCUAGUUCACCCUAUAACCUGAAAACCAUGUGGGUGAAACAAGUUGAGGUUGUUAAAGAACCAUAUUUAUGUUAUUCUUUGAGGAACUUACUCCUUCACUUCCCAGGCUGCAUAUCUGCAGAUGAAAGUAGUGAUCGCUUGUUCCUUUCUGACAGUAAUCAUCAUCGGAUCAUCAUAAUUGAUGGCAAUGGAAAGAUUCUGAACUGUAUUGGUUCUUGCCCAGGUUUUGAGGAUGGGGACUUUGAAUCUGCCAAGCUGGCACGUCCUGGAGCUUCGUUUUAUAACGAGGACGAGGAUUGCCUAUAUAUUGUAGAUUCAGAGAACCAUGCCAUCAGGAGAGCUGACAUGGAGAGGCGGGUUGUGGAGACGCUAUAUCCAACUUGUACUAUCAAUAAGAAAUCUAAUAAUUUAUGGAGCUGGAUCAGGAAUAAGCUGGGUUUUAGGAAGGAUGAUGAUACAAAGUCCAAAGAGUUUGGCGCUCAACCAUUGAUUUUUCCCUGGCAUUUAAUGAAGUCAGUGGAUCAUAGUAUUUUAAUUUUCAACCGCAGCUUUGAAACUUUAUGGAUAAUGGAUUUGGCUUCAGGAGAAAUAAAAGAAGUUGUCAGAGGAUUUUCAAAUAUAUUGGAGAUCUGUGGACGGUUGAUAAUGGAGAAAGUAUCCUUCUUAAAACAGAUGCCUCAUGAUUUAUUGCAAGAACAAAUUGGUUCUAGCUGUUCACCAAAGGAGCUUCCCUAUGCUGGGCUUAUAUCGUCCUUUACAAUGCUUCAAAAUCAUAUAAUCAUGUGUGACAUGGUUGGACAGAAGGUGUUGAAGCUGAAUAAAGAAUCUGGAGUCCUUUCAAAUUUCCAGUUAUCAAACUUUGGGCUUCUUGGUUUACCUUAUUGGCUGUCCUUCCCUUUGGAAAGAGUUUACUCCAUUGCUGAUGGACUUCUGGGAGCAGGGACUCACCAAUUUCAACACUUUGGUUUGUUGCCAGGUAGGAUUGACAUCAAAAUAAAUGUAGAUAUCCCUUUGGAUACUGAGCUUGUUGAACCAUUACAAGAAGGAUGUGUAUGGCUCCAGGCUAGAGGAGCUGCUACUGAAGUAUCGAGAGCAGAGGAUUUAAUGGGAUCAUCAGAAAAGGUUGGUGUUUCCCAGCAGUGGUUUGAUGAGUUAGAUAACCUUGCCUUCACUACCACUGAAUCAGAUUUGGCUAUUGAAGAUGAUAAAGCAAUUUCAGAUUUGAAGUCUGAUGAUGCAAGAGUUCACAUUGAUUGUGCAGUCAAUACCAGUUCUGGAACAAGUGAAGUCAUUAUUUAUGCAGCAUUAUACUUAAAGCUGAGAAGAUAUCCGGAUCAACAAGGAGACAGUCAAGAAAAAUAUGCAGCAAGGAUAACAGAGAUUUUGAAUCCAGAGAGAAUUGGAGGGAUAGGAGGUGAUUCAUGCAUCCAUCUCUUGUUAAAAUCAAACAGGGAUUUGAGAGAUCUCGUCUUCAUGAAACCGCUACAUGUUAGGAUAAAAUUUCAUUGUCUCGAUCACCCAAAAGCAGCUGAUAACUCAAAAGAAAUCGUCGUAACAAAUUCUUCAAUGGCUUUCAACGUAUCACUUCACACAUAAUUGUUUCUUAUGAACAAUGGUAAGUCCUCUGAUAUUUUUGUAACCUAUUGUUGCAUUCAUCUACUUAUAACAUGGAAAUAAGGCAAUUUUUUUCCUUUUAAAUUUUACAAAUUAUAGUGCUAUAUCAAGCCUACUAUGCUUCAUAUGCUUUUGAUCUCAA